CAGCGUACAAUUGCUCCUCCCGUCUAUUUCCAUACCCGUCUCAAUAUUCACGGUUUAGACGGCAUCUGGGAACCUCCCAGAGAUAUCUCUCUUUCUUCCCAUCUUUUCUCCUCUCCGAUCUGUAGCUGUUCGAUUCUGGAGGAAUUUAGUGGAGGAGUUUCCUCUCUUCCAGGGGCUUUUCGUAUGGAUCGCGCGGAGCUGACAACCGAACAGGUUCUCAAGAGGGAUAUACCAUGGGAGACUUACAUGUCAACAAAGCUCAUCACUGGAACAUGUCUUCAGCUAUUAAGGCGCUAUGACAACAGAUCUGAAAGUCAAAGAGCUGCUUUGCUUGAUGAUGAUGGGCCAGCUUAUGUUCGGGUCUUCGCGAAUAUUCUACUUGAUAUUGCGAAGGAAGAAACAGUAGAAUAUGUCCUUGCUCUUAUUGAUGAAAUGCUUACAGCAAAUCCCAAACGUGCUAGACUUUUUCAUGACAGGUCUCUAGCAAAUGAGGAUACUUAUGAACCUUUCUUAAGAUUGCUAUGGAAAGGCAACUGGUUCAUACAAGAAAAGAGCUGUAAAAUAUUGUCUCUCAUAGUGAGUGUUCGACCAAAAAUUCAGGAUAGCAUUGUUUCAAAUGGAAAUGCAUCGCGUUCAAAAAGCACGCGUACUGGUAUUGAUGAUGUGCUAAAAGGCCUGGUUGAGUGGCUGUGUUCUCAGCUGAAGAGCCCAUCUCAUCCCAAUCGUUCUGUGCCCACGGCUAUAAAUUGUUUAGCCACUUUGCUACGAGAACCUAGUGUGAGAGCUUCAUUUGUUCAAGCAGAUGGUGUGAAGUUGCUAAUUCCUUUGAUUUCUCCAGCAUCCACUCAGCAGUCUAUCCAGCUCCUUUAUGAAGCCUGCCUCUGUAUUUGGCUGUUGUCAUAUUAUGAUGCUGCGGUUGACUACAUGGCCACUACCAGGAUAAUGCCAAGACUAGUGGAGGUUGUCAAAAGUUCCACAAAGGAGAAGGUUGUGAGGGUUAUUGUUUUGACGUUCCGCAAUUUGCUAGCAAAGGGAGCAUUUGGAGUGCAAAUGGUCGAUCUUGGAUUACCGCAAAUUGUUCAGAAUUUAAAAGCACGGGCAUUGAGUGAUGAGGAUUUGUUGGAUGCAUUGAAUCAGCUAGAAGAUGGGCUUAAAGAUAACAUCAAAAGAUUAAGUUCAUUUGAUAAAUAUAAGCAGGAAGUCCUUCUAGGUCAUCUUGACUGGUCCCUUAUGCACAAGGAUCCAAAUUUCUGGCGUGAAAAUAUUACAAAUUUUGAAGAAAAUGAUUUCCAGAUUCUGCGUGUCCUUGUAACAAUCCUUGAUACGUCAAAUGAUCCGACAGCACUUGCUGUUGCUUGUUAUGAUUUAUCUCAAUUCAUUCAGUACCACCCAGGUGGGAGGAUUGUUGUUUCGGAUCUGAAGGCUAAGGAGAGGGUAAUGAAACUCAUGAAUCAUGAAAAUGCUGAGGUUACAAAGAAUGCCCUUCUUUGUGUCCAGAGGCUUUUCCUUGGUGCCAAAUAUGCUAGCUUUUUGCAGUCUUAAGUCCAUAAGUAAUGCGUUUUGGGACUCUGGCUUGGAUGUUAGCUCAUGCUAUCACAAUUAAGUUGCAGCCUGAGUUGCUGAAACCUUGGCCAUUCUGUUGGAAAUUGCAAACCUUAUCUGACAUUCUCUGGAAGAAGAGAAGGAAAAGGACAUGGGUAUUAUUAUCCCCUGAGGUACUUUGUUUUGGGCAAUCACAUAUUUUGUAUAAUAAGUUAUUAUUUCUUGCUCCAUUUAAUAAAUCUUACUGUUUAUUAAAUCUUUUUUUAAUAUGAUUUAUUCAUGUUGCCCCAUGUGGGUGAAAAUAUUUGGCUGCAGAACCUGAAAUGCUUUGAUUUUCAGCUGUUAGAUUCUCUUCUGCAU